UAGGCAUUCCCCAAAAUUCGACGGCUGGAAACACAGUCACAAGUGCAAUGUAGAAUUUAGGAACUCAGCUGAGCCGUUGGUUCAAUAUGGAUUGCAGCUAAACCUCGAUUUCACAGUCCCUUUCAUUCAUCCCACCAUCUUCCUAAGGCCCUUUGAGUUCUUGGGUCAUACGCAAACAUCAAAACUGCUAUUGGGUGUUUGAAAUUUGAGCAAAUUCUAUCCCUUUGGACCUCACCAACACUCGAGAGUGUAUUUCCUAUAAAUGGGUCUUUGAGUUUUUGGCUUUUCACCGUUUUGUUCGGUGUAUCUAGCCUUUCACACUGUUGGGUUCUUGCAAAACCUUUGAACUUUAGGUUGUUCUUGGAUUUUUGUUUAUUUAUUUAACGAAUAUGAUGAUGUUCAAAGAGUUUUGGGUAAAGAAGACAUUGUUAGGUCUCGGGUUGGGCCAAUUUCUCUCGCUUUUGAUCACUUCCACUGGCUUUUCAUCCUCUGAGCUAGCCAAAAAAGGAAUUAAUGCACCUACUUCGCAGUCUUUUCUGAACUAUGUGCUCUUGGCAAUUGUCUAUGGAGCUAUAAUGCUUUACCGAAGGAAACCACUUAAGGCUAAAUGGUAUUACUAUGUGCUUCUGGGAAUGGUAGAUGUGGAGGCCAAUUUUCUAGUGGUGAAGGCUUAUCAAUAUACACCUAUAACAAGUGUAAUGCUGCUGGAUUGUUGGUCUAUCCCAUCCGUUAUGCUUCUUACGUGGGUUUUCUUAAAAACAAAAUAUAGAUUUAGAAAGAUAACCGGGGUGGUGGUUUGUGUUGCUGGCCUUGUCAUGGUUGUUUUUUCAGAUGUUCAUGCAGGUGACCGAGCAGGAGGGAGCAACCCCCGUUUAGGAGAUGUGCUAGUAAUUGCUGGUUCUACGCUCUAUGCUGUUAGUAAUGUCAGUGAGGAGUUUCUAGUAAAGAAUGCCGACAGAGUUGAACUCAUGGCCAUGCUGGGCUUUUUUGGUGCCAUUGUCAGUGCUAUCCAAAUAAGCAUACUGGAGCGCAAUGAGCUCAAAUCCAUUCACUGGUCAGCCGGGGCAGCACUUCCUUUUGUUGGAUUUUCAGUGGCCAUGUUCCUGUUUUACUCAUUUGUCCCAGUCUUACUAAAGACUAAUGGGUCCACAAUGUUAAACCUCUCCUUGCUGACCUCAGACAUGUGGGCAGUCUUAAUUCGCAUUUUUGCUUACCAUGAGAAGGUUGAUUGGAUGUACUUUGUGGCCUUCGCUGGUGUUUGUGUUGGGCUUAUUAUUUAUUCAGGGGGUGACAAAGAAGAGGAUCAACAGUGUGCUGAUGUUGCGGAUGAAGGUGCAGAGCGAAGUAAACAUUUUGACGAGGAAGCUGCUUCAGUAAGUCGAGGAACAACAGUGACCGGGAGCUCAAAAACAGGGGAUAGCAGCAAGCAUGAGAUUGUUCCUGCUAGCAGUACAGAAGGAGAAGUCUCUGACAACAAGAGCAUAGGAAAAGAUGUUCAAGGGAGGAAAUCAUGAUUAAGAAUUUGCUUGUUGAAAAUUCGAUGGCCUUUAUCUACGUUCCUGACUAGAGAAGAUGAUGUUCACUGCGGUAAAGGAAGUAAUGUUGGCUUCAUGGCAUUGUUAUUUGAACAAAAAUUUGAAUGAUGGCUGUUUGAGGCAUGAAAAUUGUAAAUGCACAAUUUAUUUUUCCCGCAGAAUGUUGUUAUUUUUAAGGUUUUGGGAAUAUAAUUAUUAUUUGGUAGGUAGGUAGGUAGGUUGGUUUUGCAUUUUAAUAAUAUGAGUGUCAAUUUUCAUGUCUUAA